AUGGGGCCCCCGGGCAAUAGGGAUCAUGGGGCCUCUGUGUCCUUGCCCAAACUCAAAAAAGCCUAUGAAAAAGGUACUAGGGGCAUCUCAUGGGGCCCCCUACUGACCCCCGGCCCUCGGGCAUAAAAAAGUCAAAAGCCAAAAACAGCCGCUGUAAAAAUGUCAAGUGUGCAUCAGGACCAGGGGCGGACUGACAACUCAUGGGGCCCCCAGGCAAUAGGGGAUCAUGGGGCCCCUGUGUCCUUACCCAAACUCAAAAAAGCCUAUGAAAAAGGUACUAGGGGCAUCUCAUGGGGCCCCCUACUGACCCCGGGCCCUCGGGCAGUGCCUGAGUUUCCAAAUGGUCAGUCCGCCCCU